AUGGACCUGCUGCUGGUCAAGGCUGAGCCCUUCAGCAACACUGAAAUUACUCCAAAGUGCUGUGAUGAAAGCUUAGCCAACGCUCAGGGAAAUCCAGAUCCACGUCCAGGCUUUGUGGCAGAUGGGACUUCUAAAUUCCAAGUAAAGCAAAGUUUAAAAAGGCAACACUUAAAAGCAUGUGACAGGGAUAAAAAGGAGCAUUUCUCUCUGAAUGUGAAACACAGAACUGCCAAGAAACAGCAAAUACAAAGAACAGAGGGGAACAGGGACAUCAAGAAUAAAGGUAAACAAUUCAGGCUGCAACAAUCUACUACCUGCUGGAUUGUUGCAGUGAUUCUAGGGAUCCUCUUCAUGGCAUUGCUGGGAAUCACCGGGCAUUUUAUUACCAAGGGCUGCCCAUGUCCAUGCUGCCCUGAGCAGUGGCUGACCUACAGAGGCAGGUGUUACUCCUUCUCCAAGGAGAAGAAGGACUGGAAUUCCAGCCUGGAAUCCUGCUGGGCACAGGGAGCUCAUCUCCUGGUGACCAGCAACACCAGUGAAAUGGACUUCUUCCAGGUACAACACAUCAAAUCCCACUGGAUUGGUUUGCAGAGGGACACCCAUGGGGACUGGGCCUGGGAAGACAGCUCAAAACUGAGUGAUGAAAAGGUCGAGUCCACCAGCCCUGUACAGAGCUGUGCUGUUCUGCUGAAUGGUGCCCUCCAUGCUUCCAGCUGUCAAGUCCCUGUCCCAUGGAUCUGUGAGAAAUCUGCUCAGUGACCUUUGUGGGCAUUGUCUGAGGGACCAAAUGAGCGCAGCCCUUCAUCUGCCAGUCCCUUUGUCCUAAGGCCCACCUUGGCCGUGGUUCAAGUGCCCUGCACCACCCCUGAGGGGUCUGUUUGUCCCCUGCCCAGUUCCCUCCUGAACAGGUCUCUCCCUAAAGAAGUCCUGCCAGACCCCUCAUCCAGCACUUCUUCCCAUGGGAUUCGGCAGACAGAUAAAUAUAGUUCCAAUUUUUGUGACAAGUAG